CGACUCACGUCUAGCCACUGUCACGUCGCACGUUGCAUUGUGGAAGUUGCUAGAUCAUCCAGCGUCAGGCAAGCUAUCGCGGCUGAAAGUUUUAUUUGAGUGGGAAACUUGGAAAAAAGGGGUAAACCAUGGCUUCAAUGAAUUAUCCUGAAUGCACACUGAAGAAUUCCUUAUACUGGGAUGAAGCAGAGUGCCUUAACUACUAUGGGAUGAUGUCUCUUCAUGAGAUGUUUGAAAUAGUCGGAGCUCAGCUGACAGAGACCGACAUUGAAGUGCUCUACUUUCUAUUGAAUGAAACCUACUCAGCCAAACACCCCCUAGAUCCGGAAGGCUGGACAGUUAAACCCUCAGAGGACAGUCCAGAGGACCCGGGUGCCAGCCCAAGUCCACAGCUGUUAAAAGCGUGGAGGCGGUUGAAGCCGAAAGAAUCGCAGCAGCCUUUAGUGGACUCAAAGCCCAAGAGUGGCCUUGAGCUGCUGCUGGAGCUGGAGAGGAGGGGACACCUCGGUGACGGGAACCUGGAACCUCUGCUGCAGCUGCUGAGAGUCCUCACCCGCCAUGACCUGCUGCCUUUAGUGUCUCAUAAAAGGAGGCGAACAGCUUCUCCAGAAAGAAUUGGAAGCAGAUAUGAAUUAGACAGCGCAGAGUUGAUCUCUGGGUUACAUCACACUUGCCAGCAGACGGAGAUGCCACUCCCAUCUUUCACACAGCAAUUAAACACAGAUAUUCACUCUCCUGUGGCAGAGUCAUCUACUAGGAGACGAAGGAGGAAGAGGGGGAAUGGCUGGAGCCGUAAGUCCAAGAAAACAAGCCGACAGGUCCAGCCUCUGCCUCCGCCACCAGCACCACAAAAAGUGUCAUGUGAUAUCCGCCUGCGUGUCCGGGCAGAGUACCUGGAGCACGAGUCAGCACUGCGGGAUGGGGUCUCCUCUAACAAGCGUCAGCCACUGGAGCGGCAGUUUGACUUGUUCAGCCGGGCCAACUCGCUGCUGCGGGCCAGAGACCUCGGCUCCAUUGUGUGCGACAUCAAGUUCACGGAGCUGGACAACCUGGAGGCUUUCUGGGCAGACUACCUGAGCGGAGCUCUGUUGGAGGCCCUGAAGGGCGUUUUCAUCACAGACUCCCUGAGGAUGGCCGCAGGUUCUGAAGGCGUCCGACUUUUGAUCAGCGUAGACCAAGACGACUAUGAGGAAGGUCGAAGGCUGCUGAGAGCCAAGAAAAUGAUGUCAUAUGGAAACGGUGGGCGCACUGACACUCAGUAAACUUUACAAACAAAGACUCUUUAUGUUGUAAUGUAUUAACUUUGAAGGGAAGAUCUGCAUGGGCUGAUGGACUGGAAACGUUUUUAAGGCCUUUUUUUGUUGUCGCAAUCUACAUAAAAACCACUAGAUGGCAGAAUUUAUCAUUGGUUUUGUGUUAAUGGAUGCUCAAAUGUGUAAUAACUGGUCUAACCUGGAGCAUUGUUUGAAAAUGAAGGGAGCUUUCAAGUCACUGUUUUCCAUUUGAAUUUCUACACAAGUGUGUGACGAACACUGUAAAGGAACAAUCUUUUUCUUUCAUCCAAUGACAACAAGAGCAAGUUAGGCUAUGGACUGGUGUCUAGAUCGGAACUGGGCAUUACCGUACUCUCAUCUCAGCCUGUGCGCAUGCGGAAGGGCUCUCAUCGGUGUGACAGUUUCUUCUCAUUUGAGCACAGACACUGGGUUUGAUGUUUAAACACAAACUGGCUGUUGACAGUUAAAGCUUAAUCUGCUGCUGGAUCACGUGAGAAUGAUUUCAUCUUAAAAAGAAAGCUUCUUUUAAGAGGAACUAUAAGAAAGUAAAGUUAGUGAUUGAUUAAAGAAUGAUAAAUUUGAGUCCACAAGGGGGGAAAGUGUGCCUCGUUCACCGCACUUCUGAGCACAACUUUGUAGAGCUUAGUUCACACGCCUUGAUAACUUAACGGCUCUGUGCAGCACCAGAACCCAACUUGUUAUUGCCGCAGUAGGUGGAUUGGUGGUCGCCUCUUGAUGACAGCAGUGAUUAGGAGUAAGUCUCAGCAGACCAUGGAAGAUUCAUCAUCACAAAGUCUGACAAGAGCAGGCCAGACAAUGCGAUGGUGGCUUGUGUCUGGGAUUCCAACUAGGCCUCAGCAAGUACUUCUCUCAGCAAGUGAAGCGCAGGACGGUGCGCCGGUCAAUAGAAGUGAUGUUGGAGAGAUCAAAAUCAAAAGUGCACAUCCCAGUUCCACUCAGCCCUGCGAUGUUGGCCCAGUAGAGUGGCUCAUGGACAGCUGCUACUCACCCUGCUGGAACUAAUGCCCGGACUUCACUCUUGGAAGACGAUCAAUAAGGCCCCUCACUCUUAAGUCCCCUCAUACUGGCACGACUUAAGCAGGCAGACUGUCUGAAGUGAAGUCUGCAGGGCCGAGACGAGGAAAAACACAAUAGUAAUAUUUUCAUGACUAUUGUAUAUAUAUAUUUUUUUUGUUAAAAAACAAAGAUUUAAGUUAUGUUUCACAAAUUCAGGGGACCAUUGUUUAAAACAGCAUUUGGGUUUGAAAGGGUAAAUCAUUUUUGUGUAAAUUUUUUAUUUAUACAUAAACAUUUCUGGUGAAUAAUAAAGAAUUUGAUGGAUAAAAUUA